GGACCACGGUGGUCGGGGCCGCUGUCACAGCUGGGGCUGCGAGGCGGGGCGACGAACGCGCCGGAACUUGUGUGAGGCAACGGGACAACUAUGCUUAACUUAAGGACUUGUGCGGCAAAGCUGAGGCCCUUGACGGCCUCACAGACUGUAAAGACAAUUUCCCAACACAAACCGGCAGCACCCAGGACGUUCCAACAGCUCAGGUGCUACAGUGCACCGGUGGCUGCCGAGCCGUUUCUGAGUGGGACUAGUUCAAACUAUGUGGAGGAAAUGUAUUAUGCUUGGCUGGAAAAUCCCAAAAGUGUACAUAAGUCAUGGGACAUCUUCUUUCGCAACGCCAAUGCCGGAGCUGCUCCAGGCACCGCUUACCAAAGCCCCCCUCCACUGAGUACCAGCCUUUCCACCCUGUCCCAAGCCCAGUUCCUGGUUCAGGCACAGCCCAGCGUGGAUAAACUGGUGGAGGACCAUCUUGCAGUGCAGUCUCUCAUCAGGGCAUAUCAGAUUCGAGGGCAUCAUGUAGCACAACUCGACCCACUGGGCAUCUUGGAUGCAGAUCUGGACUCCUCCCUUCCAGCUGAUAUUAUCACAUCCACAGACAAACUGGACCUCGCAGUGUUCAAGGAGCGGCUGAGAGUGUUAACAGUAGGAGGCUUUUACGGGCUGGAUGAAUCUGACCUUGACAAGGUUUUCCACUUGCCCACAACCACAUUCAUCGGUGGAAAUGAAUCGGCUCUUCCACUCCGGGAAAUCAUCCGUCGGCUGGAGAUGGCAUACUGCCAGCACAUCGGCGUGGAGUUCAUGUUCAUCAAUGACCUGGAGCAGUGCCAGUGGAUCCGGCAGAAGUUUGAGACCCCAGGCAUCAUGCAGUUCACCAACGAAGAGAAGCGCACGCUGCUGGCCAGGCUGGUCCGCUCUACCAGGUUUGAGGAGUUCCUCCAUCGGAAAUGGUCUUCAGAGAAGCGUUUUGGUCUGGAGGGAUGCGAAGUGCUGAUCCCAGCUUUAAAGACCAUUAUUGAUAAGUCGAGUGAGAAGGGAGUGGAUUAUGUGAUCAUGGGGAUGCCCCACAGGGGACGCCUGAAUGUUCUUGCCAACGUGAUCAGGAAAGAGCUGGAGCAGAUCUUCUGCCAGUUUGACUCCAAGCUGGAGGCUGCUGAUGAGGGCUCUGGUGACGUGAAGUACCACUUGGGAAUGUACCACCGGCGGAUUAACCGUGUCACUGACAGGAACAUCACCCUUUCUUUGGUGGCAAAUCCUUCUCAUUUGGAGGCAGCUGAUCCUGUUGUUCAAGGCAAGACUAAGGCAGAGCAGUUUUACUGUGGGGACACAGAGGGGAAGAAGGUGAUGUCCAUUCUCCUGCAUGGAGAUGCUGCAUUUGCUGGACAGGGCAUCGUGUACGAGACAUUUCACCUGAGUGACCUGCCCUCCUAUACCACCCACGGCACUGUCCAUGUCGUGGUCAACAACCAGAUUGGCUUCACGACAGACCCCCGGAUGGCCCGGUCCUCCCCGUACCCGACCGACGUUGCCCGCGUGGUCAACGCGCCCAUCUUCCACGUCAACGCAGAUGACCCCGAGGCCGUUGUCUACGUGUGCAAUGUGGCAGCAGAGUGGCGAAGCACCUUCCACAAGGACGUGGUGGUGGAUUUGGUUUGUUACAGGCGCAACGGGCACAAUGAGAUGGACGAACCCAUGUUCACGCAGCCCCUGAUGUACAAACAGAUCCGGAAACAGAAGCCAGUGCUGCAGAAAUACGCAGAGCUGCUGAUUUCCCAGGGGGUGGUAAAUCAGCCAGAGUAUGAGGAGGAAAUUGCCAAGUAUGAUAAGAUCUGCGAGGAGGCCCAUGCUAGGUCCAAGGAUGAGAAGAUCUUGCACAUCAAGCACUGGCUGGACUCGCCCUGGCCAGGUUUCUUCACUUUGGAUGGGCAGCCCCGGAGCAUGACCUGUCCAUCCACUGGCCUCAAUGAAGAGGACCUAACGCACAUUGGUCAAGUGGCCAGCUCAGUGCCAGUGGAGGAUUUCACUAUCCAUGGAGGUUUGAGCCGUAUUCUGAAAACCCGUGGGGAGAUGGUGAAGAACCGGACAGUCGACUGGGCUCUGGCAGAGUACAUGGCAUUUGGCUCCCUGCUUAAAGAGGGCAUCCACAUCCGCCUGAGCGGCCAGGACGUUGAGAGGGGGACAUUUAGCCAUCGCCACCAUGUCCUGCACGAUCAGAACGUGGACAAGAGGACCUGUAUCCCCAUGAACCACCUCUGGCCCAACCAGGCUCCGUACACUGUCUGCAACAGCUCCCUGUCAGAGUAUGGUGUCCUGGGAUUCGAACUGGGCUUUGCCAUGGCCAGUCCCAACGCCCUGGUGCUUUGGGAAGCCCAGUUCGGGGAUUUCCACAACACUGCUCAGUGCAUCAUCGACCAGUUCAUCUGUCCUGGGCAGGCCAAGUGGGUCAGGCAGAACGGCAUCGUCUUGCUGCUUCCCCAUGGCAUGGAGGGCAUGGGUCCCGAGCACUCCUCUGCUCGCCCGGAGCGAUUCCUGCAGAUGUGCAAUGAUGAUCCCGAUGUCUUCCCUAAGCUGGAUGACUUUGAUGUGCGCCAGCUCUAUGAGUGCAACUGGAUCGUUGUGAACUGCUCCACUCCAGCCAACUUCUUCCACGUCCUCCGGCGCCAGAUCCUCCUGCCCUUCCGCAAACCGCUGAUAAUCUUCACUCCAAAGUCACUGCUGCGCCACCCUGAAGCCCGCUCAAGCUUUGACGACAUGCUGCCAGGCACCCACUUCCUCCGUGUCAUCCCUGAUAGUGGCCCCGCGGCCCAGAAUCCUGAGCAGGUGAAGCGGGUGCUCUUCUGCACUGGCAAGGUGUACUAUGACCUGACCCGGGAGCGCAAGGCCCGGCAGAUGGAGGCCGACGUGGCCAUCACCAGGGUGGAGCAGCUCUCCCCGUUCCCCUUUGACCUCCUCCAGAAGGAAGCCCAGAAAUACCCAUCUGCUGAACUGGUGUGGUGCCAGGAGGAGCACAAGAACCAGGGCUACUACGACUAUGUCAAACCCCGGCUCCGCACCACCAUCAACCGUGCCAAGCCCGUCUGGUAUGCAGGGCGGGAGCCAGCGGCAGCCCCUGCCACCGGCAAUAAAAAAACCCACCUGACGGAGCUGCAGCGGCUCCUUGACACGGCCUUCAACCUCGAUGCCUUCAAAGACCUGGCCUGAGCCCCGGCGUCGCACAGCAUGCUCCUCCAUCUCUCUAUCUGUUUGUCUGUCCCUUGCUCGCCUCCCCCACCCCUGGAACUACAGACCUUGUCAACCCCA